AUGAGCACAUCAGAGGAUGUACAGAUGGACAAGCUCACAAUAGUUCAUUUUGGUAAGUCACCAGAUUCUUUAUUCUAUAAAAUUCCACGCUUUGUGAUGCACAUUGAUGAUCCAGCAAUUUGUGCACUUACAAAGUACUAUUCAAAAGUUUUCCCACCUAGUAGCACACCAGGUGUGAGUCUACUGGAUUUAUGUAGCAGUUGGGUGAGUCAUUUUCCAGCAGGAUACAAGCAAGAAAGGGUAGUAGGUUUAGGUAUGAAUGAAGAAGAGCUUAAUCGCAACCCUGUUCUAACUGAGUAUUUUGUACAAGAUUUAAAUGUGAAUCCCAAACUUCCAUUUGAAGAUAAAUCUUUUGAUGUUAUUACUAAUGUGGUUAGUGUUGAUUAUUUGACAAGGCCUAUUGAUGUUUUCAAAGAGAUGUGUCGGAUUCUUAAGCCAGGAGGUCUAGCAAUAAUGAGUUUUUCAAACCGUUGUUUUUGGACGAAAGCAAUCUCCAUAUGGACUUCAACAGGUGAUGAUGAUCAUGCUUUGAUUGUUGGGUCGUAUUUCCAUUAUGCUGGAGGCUUUGAACCUCCUCAGGCUGUGGAUAUAUCCCCCAGUCCAGGUCGUUCAGAUCCAAUGUACAUUGUAUACUCUAGAAAGGUGCCUACUGCUUAAUCACCUAAGCUUAGAUUUUUAGGUUGAUUUCCGUGU